CAUCGCGGAAACAGUAAAUAAACGUCAGCCAAAAACAAAAUGGGAGCCACGUUGGACACCCCGGCGAGGUGUCCCCUCUGCGACGAGCUGACCGGGGACCCCGUCACUCUCAAAUGUAACCACCGGUUCUGCCAACGGUGUAUCGGGGACCUGUGGAGUAUUUCCCCGACAGGCCCGUACCACUGUCCGGAGUGGAGGUGUACAACAGUGUACCAGACUCUUCCGUUUGACAGCAGACUGUCUCCCGCCAGCAGUCGAUGGGCUCCGCCUCGCAGCGCUGCAGGCACAUCGGGUGAUGAUGAACAAAAUACUUCUAAUCCCACAUUGGGGAGGCCCUCACUCACCGGCCGACUUCUCGGCAAGAGAAAAGCCAGCACACCUGUAUCAGAGCAACCUGACACAAAACGAUCAACUGGGGAGUCUCCCCGCGAGCGCUCCAGUGAUACCGAGACUCCCACCACUUCCUUCUCGUUCAAACCCUUGCAGCCUACGCGUGUGGAGACAUCCAAGAAAGCAGGGCACCCAGAAUCCACAAAGUCUGAGCGCGGCGAUGGCACGUCCUCCAGUGACACCUCUGACAGCAAGGCAGUGCCUGCAAGUGAUGUGCCUCCAGACAUCUCAAUCCAGCAGAACCAGCCUAAACCGGUAGAUAUGAUCUCAUUGGAUGACUCAGACACCUCCAAUGAAGUAGAUCUAUGUGAUGCGCCUGCUCUUGCAACUCCAAAGAAGGACACACAAGUGACAGGAGUUCUUGCAUCGCCAAUGAAACCUGCCACAUCUGCCAACUCUGAUUCUUUCCCUGGAUUUUCAACUCCAGGUAAAGGUACGUCUCCUGUACACCAUGGCAGCAACUCUCCCCUGAUAUCCAGCAAACAUCCUGCCGAUGCCCCAAGAUUUCCAAGUCGCGUUGGCAUCUUCCCCCGGUCAGAGGACAAAAAUGUCAGCCCUGUGCCCUGCCAUUAUUGCCCUAAAACUAGGUGUCAGUCCGCUGUCAAGACCUGUCUGGUGUGCGGCGCUUCCAUGUGUACGGAACACCUGCGUCCUCACCUGGACUCCCCCGUCUUCCAGAAUCAUACCUUGGUUCCUCCCAUGGAGGAUUUUUCUCCCUGGAGGUGUCAGGAGCACCAGGAGAUAAACCGCAUCUACUGUCGGCAGUGCGGAGUGUGUGUGUGCACGGUGUGCACCGUCAUUGGCUCGCACCGCGACCACACCUGCAUCAGCAUCAGGGAGGCAGAGAGAGAGCUCAGGGUGAACCUAAAAGAAGAAAUCAAGCAACUGCAGGAGGCUGAAGAGGAAGUGAAGAACAGGGCGACUGAACUCACUCAGAAGAAAGAGACCUUCGGUGUGGUUUUAAGUGAGGCUCGAGCAGGAGUGCAGCAGCAGUACAGAGCCAUCAGAGAGGCCCUGGAGCAGGAGGAGCAAUCGGCUCUCCAGUGUGUGACGAAGGAGGAAGGCAGAGUUCUGGGGGGACUAGAGGAGGAACUCGGCCACCUCCGGAGCUCCCUGCAAUCCAUGCAACAGGGACUCCACACCCUGGAGGGGUUGGCUGAUGCCAAAGGAGACAAACGCAUUCAGGACCAGCUCUUCAUUAUGGAAUACAGCAAGGUAGCCCAACUGACUAGUAACAUUGGGAGCUGUGUGGACCAGUUCAAGGCUCCAGAGGAAGUGGAUCGCGCCCGGCUCAGAUGUCUGCAGAGUUGGACUGAGAAACGUCUGGACUCAGUCGUCAUCACUGUGCCAGGCAAAUCCAGAGACCUCUACAGACUGCGCUAUGGUACCGCCCUCUUCUUGGAUGCAGAUACUGCCCAUCCCAAGCUGCAGCUGUCCGAUAACGACAGGAGGGUGACCUACAGCGAAGCCCAGCAGGCCUACACCGAUCACGAUGCUCGAUUCAGCUCCUUUCCACAGGUCCUGGCCUCCCGUUCACUGGAGAAGGGGUGCUGGUACUGGGAGGUGAACGUGCCAGGGGAUGAGGGCCGCUGGAAGGUGGGGCUGUGUGAGAGUCAGAUAGAGAGGAAAGGCCAAAAGGACAACUCUCGUCUGGGCUUCAACUCGCAUUCCUGGUGCCUGGCCUGUGACCGAAAGAAGGUGGAAGCUCUGCAUAACAAGGUGGCGGUUCCUGUGGAUGGCGACGGGCUGCAGAGGGUGGGAGUGUUGCUCGAAUUUGAGGAGGGCAUUUUAUCAUUCUUUAAUGUGACACCAGGGGGCAGUCUAGCUUUAAUGCAUUCCUACAAGCACAGGUUUACUGACCCUCUGUACCCAGCGUUCUCUGUGUCGAAAACACACCUGGCCAUCUGUGAUCUGUUUGAGUCAUAAACCACGCAUUACUCACAUCACUUGUGAUGGAAAUGUACAGGAUACAUGAAAGUGCUGUGCCUUUUUAUGUGAAAAGCAGUUAAUCAUUUAAAAAAUAUAUAAUCAGUAAAUUGUUAGGAGAUGAUAGUUAUGCACUGCAUAUAAUGCUCUACUUUUACAAAAAAUCCUCAAAUGUGAUUUUAUAUUAUAGUACUGGACCAUACAAGGUCCAUUCAUUGUACACAAUACAUGCAGCGUUCCAAAAAGUAGCAGCAUAGUUUUUGUUACUGGAUUUUAGAUUUCAUUUAAGAUUGUCGAUAAACAAAUGUGUAAGUUUUUACAUGAGUUCAUGUAAUCAGUGCGGACCAAUACAAAGUUGUCUUAGAUAAUGUUUCCAUUUUCAGAAUGUUUUUAAAAUUCUCCAAAUGUUCUUUGUCUUGUCUGUUGUCUUUUUACAGUAAUAAAAGUCAGAGUUUUGAAAGCAAAGUAAAACUUGCGUUACGCCUUGCCUAUUUGCGUUUAAAUGGAAACACCUGUGUGUCAGGUGACAGUUGUUGUGCUAACUUUGAACUCUCACUGCCCCUGCAGCCUGUGAGCUUUACUGACAAACACUGCCUUUGCCAAAAACUACUUACAGCCCCACAGUUUGCAAACUAAGGCUCAUUUAUUCUGACUGGGGGUCUGUGUGGUUGACGUCAUUGAGGGGGAUCAAAGUGGUGUUUACAUAAACCCCUUCUGGGUGAUUGGUAGAGCACCAGCAUGCCAGUGGUUCAGGGACAGCUGGCCAAUGAUCAAGGUGGAUCCAAACUUGUUGACUAAUUCAGUAGCUUAAAGUCCUCGGGAUCGAUGGUGGCAAAUGUAAUCUAACUGAAAAGGACUGAAUAAAGGAAAGCUCAGUGGUAGAGCUUUGUA